AUGAAUAAGAUACUUCAGACCGUGACAUCAGAGGUGUCAAGGGUGUUCCUGACCCCUCAACCUCACUGUCUUGCUGGAUCUGUACGAUAUAAAAGUAUCCGGGAUGAACAUCGAAGUGGGCUGCCGAAAACCGGAGAUCCUCUUAUGGAUGGAACGGUAGGGACUGAGAGGUAAGGACUUGUAGCAUUAUUUGUUUAUAUUUUUAGUUAUGCUGCGGUAAAUGUGAAAGGAUACGAAAGACGACUUCCGACAUCAGAGACCUUGAAACAAAAGUUUUUUGGUGUCCCUUUCACUGAGUUGCCCAUGGUUUAUAUCAAAUCCACUAGGAAUAAUACUCUCAUUCAAGUCACGGACCAUAAAGUGGGUUGUAGAUCUGUGAAUAACUCUUGUUUUAGUACAAUGUCAUCACUUACACGUCCUGUCGUCUGGAAGGAUUCAAAAAUGCAAGGAAGAAGACCACUAUUGCUGGUCAAACAACUGGAGUUGCAGCUGGUCAGAGGCUAUUAAGAAGAGGAAUCAACGCCGUGAGAGUUCUGGUAAAAGGAAUUGGACCGGGAAGAAUGUCGUCGGUGAAGGGAAUCGCCUCAACUGGAGUGAAUGUCGUCUCCAUCACGGACCGAACCCUGCUUCCCGAGAUUGGCCCGCGGCCAAAGAAGAUUAGGAGAGUUUAG